AGUCAUGGCGGAGCAGAAGCAGCCCGGGCUGAGUUUUAACGCUUUACUGUUUUAUUCCGCGCUGUUCUCCUCCGCCUCCGCUCUGGGAUCAGAGCACGACGCCUUUCGUGCUGGAAAUCCGACCUCGUCUCCGGUAGCGGCGACAGCUCGAGAUGUGCGCUAUCUGCUGUAUGACGUGAACCCUCCAGAGGGCUUCAACCUGCGGCGUGAUGUAUACAUCCGCAUGGCGUCUCUGCUGAAGACCCUGCGCAAGCAGGGAGACUGGGUGCUGGUGCUGCCCCCGUGGGGGCGCCUGUACCACUGGCAGAGCCCUGAUGUCCACCAGGUGCGGAUCCCCUGGGCCGAGUUCUUCAGCCUGACCAGCCUGCAGACUAAUGUGCCUGUCAUUGAAUAUGAAGAGUUCAUUGCAGAGUCUGGAGGGCCCUUCAUUGAUCAGGUGCUAGUGAUGCAGAACUACGCUGAAGGCUGGACUGAGGGGAAAUGGGAGGAAAAAGUGGAUGAGCGACCCUGCAUUGACCGCCUCAUGUACACCAAAGACAAACAAGGCUACUACAGAGGCUGGUUCUGGGGUUACGAGGAGACUCGUGCGCUCAAUGUGACCUGUUUAUCUGCUCAGGGCCAUGCUUCCAUAUUAGCCCCUUUCCUGCAGGAAAAUAUCACAGCUACCUCCGUGUUGUUGGACAGAGCUGAGACCGUGCUACAUGAUCAUUAUGCAGGAAAAGACUACUGGGAUACUCGACGCAGUAUGGUGUUUGCCAAGCACCUGCGCGUUAUCGGGGACCAGUUCAGAGCUAAGUACCUCAACUCCACUGACGAGAAGGACCACACCCCGUACAAUGAGGACUGGACACGUAUGAGGGCCAAGCUGGGCAGUGCUAAGGGAGGUCCAUACCUGGGGGUCCACCUGCGCAGGAAGGACUUCAUCUGGGGCCAUCGGGAUGACGUGCCCAGCCUGAAAGGAGCGGUUAAAAAGAUCCGCAGCCUUAUGAAGAAGAACAAGUUAGAGAACGUGUUUGUUGCCACCGAUGCUGAUGAAGAAGAGAUGGCCAAGUUGAGGAAAAUGUUACCGGAGAUGGUGCGGUACGAGCCUAGCUGGGAGGACCUGGAGCUCCUGAAAGACGGAGGCGUCGCCAUCAUAGAUCAGUGGAUCUGUGCUCACUCCAGAUAUUUUAUCGGGACUUCAGUUUCAACCUUCUCCUUCCGAAUCCAUGAGGAAAGGGAGAUCUUGGGCUUUGACCCUAAAACAACAUAUAACCGCUUCUGUGGUGACUCUGAGAAAGAAUGCGAGCAGCCUACGCACUGGAAAAUAGUGUAUUGACAACUCUCAGAAUGCAAAGUGCCAAACACAAAAGCUCUGUACAGCACUGGGUUGGAUUCAGUUCCACUUCAGGAGGAAGAUUUCAAGAAACGUUGCUGGUUGAGACUGUGGUUCCAUAUUACAGAUUAUUUAUAGUUUAUUAAGGAUGCUAUAAAGUUUAUAUGAAGCACAGUCAUUUCCCUAGGUGAGUCCUAAAAUGCUGCUAUGCUUUAUUUAACUUUUGCAUUUUGGGUUUAUUUUGGCUGUAUUAUAUAAUGUACAGUGUGGGAACCCCCCAGCACUUCUGGAGCUGAUCUUGGAAUGGAAUUUUUUUUUUUUCCUUAAUGAUGCUACUUGAUAAGAGGUCAACAGUAUUUUUGAAUUGCAGUGUACUGCAAUCUACAAACGUGUUUUUCAGGUAAUAUGAGAUGAUGUUCAGUUCUUUUCCUUUUCUUUCAUGAAUCGGAUUAUUUCAGGACACUUUGUGUCUUGGAAGUGUACAAUAGGGAGCUCUGUGUGUACUGUUUGACAAAUCAGCUCCUGUUUGAUAGUGUUGUAUUCACACUGUGUUGCUUUCUUAUUUUUCUUACAUACUCUUACAUUAUGUGCCUUUUUCGUUUAGAAAAUUUAAGAUGUGACUGAAAAAACAUUUCAAGUUGGAUUUGAUAACCAUAACAAAACCGAAUGAGUAUGCAGUGUUUGAUUUACUGUUUCAAUAAUGUGGUGCAGUACUAUGCCAAAGCCAGACCAUCCUUCAUUUUUUUCAUUUACAGUCAAAAUGGUCAUUAGGUACAAGCUACUCAUUUUUGGGGAGAUAAUCCACAGAAAUUCCAAGGAAAAAAGACAGGAGUUUCCAAAACUGGAGUUCAAAAAAAAGAUCAAAAGCUACUGAGAAAAUGGGCUUCUAUCAACAACACAGAGGAAAAAAAUAAAGAUCUGAAAACAUCCACAGGUGUUUCUGUCCAUCCUUCCACUAUGAGAAGACACCUCAGUGCUUUGGGUCUGAAAGGAUGUGUAGCUGUCAUGAAGAACCACCCCAGAGUGCAGACCUCAGUAUCCCUGAAUAUGUUUGGAAUUACUUGGAUGGUCAGAGACAGAAAAUAACCAACUUCUAAGACUGAACUUUGGGGGUGUGGAAAAACAUCUCUGCAGAUUUCUUUGGAAAAUGUAACACUUUAGGAAAGAAUGGAAGAUUAAUACUGAAAUAUUAAUGUUAUUUGAUAUUAUAUUUAGUUAUAUAUAGUUCUGUUACAUGUUUUCUUUGCUUUUUUAUUGCCUUUGAAAUUAAAUGUGUGCUUUUUUCACUGAAAAUGAAAGAAAUGGAGGCUGAUUUCUGACUUUUGCACAGUAUUGUAUGUUCACUUUCACUAAAAGCUGCGUUCAAAUGUUUGUGACCAGGAAAACAUUUAACGAUGCCAGUCAUCUGGAGCCACAGUGUUGUUUUCUGUCUACAUAAGCUUUUGUUGAUUGUGUUUUAUCAUUGUAUCUGUGUUCUUGGUUUUGGACUUGAUCACGACUAUGACCUUACUGUGAUUUUUUUUAACCUUCUGUUACACCUGGAAGAUGUACAUUUUUCAAUAUGUGUAUUUUUUGAUAAAGAUAUCUUUUUACAGCU